UCCAACAUGGCGGCAUAACUGUCGUGGAAAUUGUACAUUUUUUUCUAUUUUCGCUGCAUUUACUUAACUGUAUGUCGUGAAGAAGCAUGGCGCUCUCAUCGAAAGAGCUCUCGUUGCUUUUAAGUAUCCUUUCCGAAGACAACCUUUUCCAGUCGUCAUUCGAAGGAAUAGCGUCAACCUUUCACCACACCUUUCAAAGACAAGAUCACUUUCGUAUCGGUUGUGCUCUGAUGAUGUUUCUUGAACAACCGGAUCUCUUACCGGCUGCUAUCCAACGCGUGUCCAUGUUGUUUCUUCUUUACGAAAUGUACAAGACUGGCCUUCCGCAAAACAAUUCCUUUUACGCUUUCUUUUUACAAUUACUGAGUCACGAAGCCAAUGAAGACAACCGUUAUCCCUUGAGCAGUCUCUCGCUUUUGUCAGCUUCGGAAAAGGUCUUCAUCUCCCAGCUACUGACGUCACAUACGAAAGAUCUUCUCAAGAAGACGCCCAGACAGAUUUUGGUUGCAGAUGUUUCAGCAUCUCAGCUUAACGACAUCAAUGCCAUAAAAAACAGCCCUGCCCAACAGCACGAUUUACUGUCUAAUAUGGUGAAAUCUGGUUUGCCCACCAUCAUUGCAGAUCCAGACCAUGAUAACAGCCCAGGCUUCGAGAGAUGUUCUACGAUGCAGAUUGCCGAAACACUCACAACAGGCGAUACUCCGCCCAGCGAGAGUUCGUUUAAGCCACAGUUUAUCAGAGUUGCUCCCCCCCUGUAUCAAUGUGAAGAUGAGUUCGUCUGGAUGAAUCCACAGCAAGAAAAGCCCAAGAUUGAAUGGGAUUCGACCAUGUGUGUUUCUAGCAACACCACAGAUUCUGAAGUGCACCAGCUGAUGGCGAAGGCGUUCAAAACCGGUCUCACUUUACCACAGCAACAGGAAGUGCUUGCCGAACUGGAAAACGAUCCAAGUUUCGUUUAUAAUAUUGGAUUAUCGCCUAGCAAGUUGCCGCUGUUAGUCGAGAGCAAUCCACUGGUGGCCAUUGAAGUAUUGCUGAAACUCAUGCAGUCCAAUCAAAUAACCGAGUAUUUUUCAGUACUUGUAAACAUGGAAAUAUCUUUACACUCAAUGGAGGUCGUCAACAGAUUAACCACGGCCGUGGAGCUUCCUCAGGAGUUCAUCCACCUUUAUGUAUCGAAUUGCAUCACAUCAUGUGAAAACAUGAAGGAUAAAUACAUGCAAAAUAGAUUGAUCCGCUUGGUCUGCGUUUUUCUCCAAUCUCUUAUUCGCAACAAAAUCAUUGAUGUUAAGGACAUCUUCAUCGAGGUGCAAGCAUUCUGUAUCGAUUUCAGUCGUAUUCGAGAGGCUGCCGCUCUGUUUCGCCUUUUGAAAAACGUCGAAAAAGGAGAGGGGACUGAACCCGAAGGAAGCGGAGGAAUGGUGACCAGUACACAUUCCAAGUGAAUAACCACAAGAAUUCACUGUUUGCAAACAUACAGGAGAUUGUAUCGUGAGGGGUAGGGGCGGGGUAGUGAAGUGAACAGUGAGUAGGUUGAGGACUGGGGAGAGAUUAUUUUAGCUUCUACAGUCUAAACCUUACUCGGAUAAUGCUUGGCACGCACAACACGACUUUUGUCUGCCCCAUUAAAAACGUUUCGACUCAAAGUAAUACAGUCGUUGUGUGUGCGGUACUGUUUUUAAUCGAUUAGUACUGUCCGAUUAAAUCCGAUUUUUGGCGGCAUUUUUUCAACAAAAUUUGAAUUAAUACAGUCGUUGUAUGCGCGGUGGUGUUUUUAGCCGAUUAGUGUUGUCCGAUUAAACUCCGAUGCUAACGGUCAAUUUCGAUGUAUCCAGCAAUUGCUUUUGUCGCCAGUCUAGAAUUGUCCUGCCUUACGUGAAGUAUUUCAUGGUGAAGCUAGCAGACAGGCAAGGCGUACAGACGAGUCCAUGUUUGUUUAUUUUAGUUGAUAUUUUUUUCGUCUGACCUAUUUUAUGGAAUUAUGGGAUUAGACAGUCGAAGUGUUUCCGGUCAUCAACAUCGUGAGUUAAGAAUUUGAUCGAGUUUUCUGGAGCAUUCUGAGAGAGUGAAGCGAACUUUUUACAUAGUUUUGCUUAUCUUGAAUUUACCCGUCUAGCGAUGGCAACAAAUACUCGAGGGAUGUUCAGCAGGGCCGAAGUGCCGAAGGGGGUAUUGAGAGAUCGUGCUCACAUUGUUUUGUCAUACCUAUUCAAAAGCUUAUAGCUUUGUGCACGAUUAAUAUAAUUUUCAUCGAGCAAAUUCAUAACUUUUUUCAAAAUAGAAGUAACCAAGUGUCGAUCCUUAUAGUGUAACAAAUAGGAGUGAUAAAAUACUGCAAUAAACAGUUUUCUUUGAGUUA